UCCACAUCCACACUGACAUCAUUGUCUUCGAAAAAAUUAACGGAGAAAAAAUGGAAGCUUCAGCUCCGGAGAAGCUCAUUCUGGUGACCCGGGAACCAAGCGGAAUCGGUUUGAUCACGAUCAACCGCCCAAAGAGCCUGAAUUCGCUGACGAGGCAAAUGAUGGUUGAUUUAGCCAAAGCCUUCAAGUCCUUGGACUCCGACGAGUCAAUCCGAGUGAUCAUUCUGUGCGGGUCGGGUCGGUCGUUCUGUUCCGGCGUGGACUUGACGGCCGCCGAGGACGUGUUUAAGGGGGACGUGAAGGACAUGGAGACCGACCCGGUUUAUCAAAUGGAGCGGUGCAAGAAACCCAUCAUCGGAGCCAUUAACGGGUUCGCGGUUACUGCCGGAUUUGAGAUUGCUUUGGCCUGUGAUUUGUUGGUUGCUUCCAAGGAUGCUAAGUUCAUGGACACUCAUGCCAGAUUUGGAAUAUUUCCUUCUUGGGGUCUAUCUCAGAAGCUUUCCCGUGUCAUUGGUCCCAACCGAGCUCGCGAAACAUCUCUCACUGCAGCACCUAUAACCGCAGAACAAGCCGAGUGGUGGGGUUUGGUAAAUCACGUCGUGGAAGGAAGUGAACUUUUGAAGAAAGCUAGACAAACAGCAGAAGCCAUAAUCAAGAACAAUCAAGACAUGGUGUUGAGGUACAAGCGAGUCAUAAAUGAUGGAUUUAAACAAGACUUGGUUCAUGCCCUUGCUCUUGAAAAGGAGAGAGCACAUGAGUAUUACAAUGGUAUGACAAAGGAGCAGUUCAAGAAGAUGCAGGAAUUCAUAGCCGGCCGGAGCUCUAAGAAACCUUCUUCCAAGUUGUAGAUGGUUGUCCAGCAGCAAGCGUUUGAUCAUCUGUUGCUUUUAAUAUUGUUCUGUUGUAGAAUAAGUUUCAAAUUCUUACCCUACCCAAAAGAAAAGGAAAAAUGGUUUUUACCCUCAUUCACAGGAUUCCCACAACAUUGUACAAUUAUUUGUUCUCCUGAUCCCUCCCUUAGUUUAACUUCUUUGUUUGGGAAUCUUAAAUAUGGAAAUAAAUGGUCCAAAGUUGGUCCUUUUCACAUUUCAGGAUGAAUUCACAUGUCAAAUGAAAACUUUAUAAGGUGUGGCAAUUUUCGUAUCGUUUUCGAAAAGGAGUAAUUUUUUCCAUUUAUAUGGUCGCAUAU